AGUAAACUAAUACUUUGAAUCGGAAGGGAACUAGGAAGUCCUUCUUUCCGUGUUAGAGAAGAUAAGAAUUGAAUUGGCUUCGGACUUCCAUUCUUAAACAUAACACAAACACAAACACAACCAAAAUCAGAAUUGUGAACUCAUUUAUCAGGACUCACAAUGGGUCAAACUGAAAGCGCAGAAGCUGUGGCGGAGACCCAGAGCACAACCAAUGACUCCUCCAACCCCAGUUCCCUGGAAUCCGCUAUCGCAGAAGCUGCAGCAUAUGGAAGCCAAGACACCGAGUCUGUUGAGGCGAUGGCUCAGAAGGCCCUUGAAUGCCCUUGCAUUGCUGACUUGCGAACUGGUUCCUGUGGCUCUCAGUUCUCAGAGGCAUUCCUGUGUUUUCUCAAGAGCACCACUGAAGAAAAGGGCUCGGACUGCGUACAUCCAUUUGUUGCUUUGCAGAGCUGCAUCAAGGCCAAUCCAGAUGCAUUCUCUAAGGACAUUCUAGGCGAAGAUGAAAGCAAGGAGUUGGAGCCUAUCCAAGAAUACAAAAUACUUCCUCCCAAAUGGUCUAAGGAAUCUCAAAGUCCAAAAUCCAGGCUUUAAGGGGAAGAGUCAAACUCUUGUUCGGGCAACUACUUGGAUAAGGAAACGAUGAGCUGGAUUGAGCUGACUUUCCUUUUUAAGUCUUGUUUGUAGACUCUUCGAUCUUUUAGGUAUAUUUAAUAAUUUAAUGACAAAUGAACUGUCAUGAUUCCUUUUCCUCCGGAGGUUAGAAUUUUUCAUAUAAUUUAUGGUCAACUCUAGUAUUAAGUAUUAAACAAUUAAGAGAUGAGAACUGAAUACGUUUAGGGUGAUAACAGUCUAUGGUCAUUAUGAUGCAACUUUGCAUUGAUGAGCAUUCUGCCUUACUACUGCAUGGUCAUAAAUAAACUCGAUAGGAUGAUCUGCUUGAGACUCUCAAGUUAUCAGCAGUUCUCAGUUGUGUUUUGAAAUGUUUUAUUUCAUAUAAGAAUAUUAAAGAUUUUAUUUUUUAUUUAAUGCUUUCUAUUU